AUGGCAGACCUUCAACGGCAUGGUAUCGUUUUCCCAAAACACGAAAGUCCUUGCUCGUCAAGUACAACUCUAUACCGAUGUAUCCCAUCUAACGAAGAGGAAGAGCGUGAGCAACUGAAUAUGAUGUUAAAGCAAAGUAUGUUGGACCAACAGCAGUUAUCUUGUUAUUCCGCAACAGCUCCACCGUUUUCAACACGGCAGCCAGAUCCAAAACCUGUUAAUGCCCCUGUUAUUGAUGCCAGGAUCACCGUGUCUAGCAAAGAGGAGAUUUUCGUCCAGGAUUCAGAUGAAUCAACAAUUUCUGAUCCGCAACCAGAAAAUAACGACGUAGAACGCGAGACUGCUGCCGAAGUGCUUGUGUCCCUGAUGGGACUGAAAAAAACCCUGAAAUGA